AUGCAGACUGCUUCUGCAAACAUUUGUGAAAGAAUGGGCAAUAAGUUCAUCUGUGAAAUUUCCUUGCUACUAAAUAUUCCAUGGUCAGCUGUUAGUGGUAUUAUAACAAAGUGGAAGCAACUGGGAACAGCAGCAACUUGGCCACGAAGUGGUAGGCCACAUAAAAUGACAGAGCGGGGUCAGCACAUCCUGAAAUGCACAGUGUCGCCAUCUGUCUGCAGAGUCAAUAGCUAAAGACCUCCAAAAUUCAUGUGGCGUUCAGAUUAGCACAACAGUGCAUAGAGAGCUUCAUGGUUUCCAUGGCCGAGCAGCUGCAUUCAAG